AUGAACAGCAUAGCCGAGCUGGAUGACUACCAGAAAAACAUAUGUCUGGAGUUUAUUCUGAUCAAAUAUCUAGAGACAAACAAAACUAAAGACAAUGACAAAAUCGAUGUUUGGCUGAUUGGAGACGAAAGCGGAACCAUAGAGUUUGGAGUAUGGAACUGCUCCUUGAGCCCCGGAGAUGUGAUGUAUUUGAGUGGAGGAUACACGUCACUGUUCCAGGGAAAGAGACGGCUCUUUAUAUCCAAGACUGGCUGUAUUAAUAGAGUCAGGACCUUCAGGAAGGUAUUCAAAGUAAACGAAUCCCAUGAAGAGAUUCUCAGAGAGCUUCUGGAAUGA